UAAUGCACCCAGUUGCGCAAGGGACUGCGUGGAAUAGUGGUUAAUAUUUUACAGGUCGCGAUUUACUUACGCCUCUAGCGGCUGACGGCCAUUUUUAAGACGACGACAGUAGCACCGACACCACCAUGUUCUCAUCGUUCUUCUCCAAGACUUUCUGCCAAGCCCCGGAAAACAAGUCCGUAGAAGCUGAGUCGAAAUGUGAGGUACCGCAAAGGGGGCUGGUACAGUCUCUCGUCGCCGGACGACAGAUCGCCGCCGCUGCCGUCGUCGAAGGCGACAGUUGCGAGUUCGCUUCUUUACACUACUUUGCGCUUUGCGGACUUGGAGGUAUUUUAUCCUGCGGUAUCACCCACACAGCCGUCGUACCUCUGGAUCUCGUCAAGUGCCGUAUCCAGGUCGACCCGGUUAAAUAUAAGAGCGUUUUCAAUGGUUUCAAAGUGACGUUGCGCGAGGACGGAGCUAGAGGCCUCGCGAAAGGCUGGGCCCCCACGUUCUUUGGUUAUUCGGCCCAAGGGCUCUGCAAAUUUGGACUUUACGAGGUCUUCAAAGUGAUAUACAGUGAUAUUAUUGGAGAAGAGAACGCGUUCUUGUACCGUACGUGGUUGUACCUCUCCGCCUCCGCUACCGCCGAGUUCUUCGCUGACAUCGCGCUUUCGCCCAUGGAAGCCGCUAAGGUGAAAAUCCAGACCACCCCCGGAUUUGCCAACACCUUGAGGGAAGCCUGGCCCAAGAUAUACGCUGAAGAAGGUCUCAACGGUUUUUACAAAUCCCUGGUGCCUCUCUGGAUGAGGCAGAUCCCCUACACCAUGAUGAAGUUCGCUUGCUUCGAGCGUACCGUCGAACUCCUCUAUAAAUACGUCGUGCCUAAACCGAGGGCAGAUUGCAGCAAAUCCGAACAGCUUGUCGUCACGUUCGCUGCAGGUUACAUCGCCGGUGUAUUCUGCGCCAUCGUUUCCCACCCCGCCGAUACUGUCGUCAGCAAGUUGAACCAGGAGAAGGGUUCGACUGCUAUCGAGGCCGCCAAGAAGCUGGGAAUGGCGGGGUUGUGGAAGGGGCUGAUGCCUAGGAUCGUCAUGAUCGGUACGCUUACCGCCCUGCAGUGGUUCAUCUACGACGCGUUCAAGGUGGCGAUGCGUAUGCCACGUCCACCACCCGGCGUCAUGCCCGAGUCCUUGAGGUUGAAGUUGGAGGCUCAAGAGGCGCAAGCACAGCAAAAACAAUAAAUGAGUUAAGUUUUAAUUUAAUGGACUUUCCAACAUGAAAAAAUCGCUAAAUUCAGUAUUUAAGAAUAGUCGGUCAUAUUUAACAUGGUCUCGUCAUGUCCUGAUUUAAUAUUUUUAAGUUAUAUACCUCCAUUAUUCUAGAUUAUUGUAUAUAGAUACAAUUAAUACAGUUUGGAACUGUU